AUGAAGACUCUUUCUUUAUUAUUUAUUGUUAUUUCUUUAAUCUCCUUAAUCAAUGCUGAUGUUUUUUCAAACAUAGUUGAUUUUGGAUUAGUUUCAAAAAGUAAAUUUGUUAGUCAAACUUUUUCAAAUAUUGCACUUCCAGCAUCAUCAUUUAAUUUGGAAGGUGUCCAAGUUGUCAUUUUAAAUAAAACAUCAAAUCAAGCUUUUAACCAUAACUUCAUUUCUACAUGCACAAUUGAUUUCACAAGUAGUGGUAGAAAAAUUGUAUCAUUCACUGCUUCAAAUAUUGAAAAUCAAUUAGUUUUCCCAUCACCAUAUUUAGUUCAAAUUUCGGGAAAUUUAAAUUUAACAGUUUCAAUUUAUGCAUUAAAUGUUGAACCACAAGAUAUUAGUAUUGCAUAUUAUAUGAAAUGGGAAGAGAAUAGUGGAAGUAAAACCAUUGUUAAAUUAACAAGAACUGCAACAUCAGUAGUUUCAAAUUUCUCAACAUUUAGUGUACCACAAGGAUCAGGUACAGGAUUUGUUAUUCAAAAUUCAAUUCCAUGGAUUUCAAAUGCUGAAGCAAUGGAUUUCCAAGCAUCUGUAUCACCAGGUAUUAUUAGUUUAAGUUUUGUUGAACAAAUGAAUGGUCAAAACACAGUAAUUUGUAAAUCAUUACCAGUUUAUAAUGAUAAAUUCUUAGUUAAAAUGAGUAGUUGUGAUAAUGUAGUUAGUUUAUUCAAAGGUGCAACAUACGUAACUCAAGCAGUUUAUAAUAAUACUGUCCCAUUAAAGAAUGUUAUUGCUAAUUUUGGUUUUUAUGUUGGUUAUCCAACUCCAACAACUACAACUACCACUGGUGGUGGUUCAACAUCCCAUGCUACAACCUCUACCACUGGUGGUGGUUCAACAUCUCACGUCACAACCUCUACCACUGGUGGUGGUUCAACAAGUCCAUCUACCACUCACGCAUCAACAACUGGUGGUGGUCAUACAACAGGUCCAUCAACAUCAUCAUCAUCACAUGCAACCUCUGGUCAUCACGGUUCACACUCACAAUCUGAAUCUGGUUCACAUUCACAAUCUGAAUCUGGCUCACAAUCUGAAUCUGGCUCACAAUCACAAUCACAAUCACAAUCACAAUCACAAUCUGAAUCAGGAUCAGAUUCAUUCACAACCACCACAGCAGGUUCACAAUCUGAUUCAUUCCCAGAUUCAUCAGAUGGUCCAUCUUAUACAUCUGGUUCUUCUGGUUCAUCAGGUACUUACAUUUGGAAUGGUAAAGGUGUUAAAAUUGAUAUCUUUUAA